CUGCAGUUGCGCACUUUGACACCAACGCCAUCUUUGAAAUUCAUAAAUAGAGGAAGCCGAUCUCACAAAAUUUGCUACAUGUAAAUCGACCGUCAUCCUGUGAAACUAACACCUUUUGGUUGAGUGAAUCGUGUGUUAUUGAAGUUAGGAAUUGAUCCAGAUGGCUGAUACUGAUAAAAUUAACGUUGAUAACAUUAUACAUCGAUUACUCGAAGUUAGAGGGGCUAGACCUGGAAAGAAUGUGCAGUUAACAGAAGCAGAAAUCAGAAGUUUGUGUUUGAAAUCCAGAGAAAUUUUUCUCAGCCAGCCCAUCCUUUUGGAGCUAGAGGCACCCUUGAAAAUAUGUGGUGACAUACAUGGCCAGUACUAUGAUCUUUUGCGACUCUUUGAGUACGGCGGGUUUCCACCUGAAGCCAACUACCUCUUUCUCGGAGAUUAUGUGGACCGUGGUAAACAAUCCCUGGAGACCAUCUGUUUGCUGCUAGCAUACAAAAUUAAAUAUCCAGAGAACUUCUUCCUGUUGCGAGGCAAUCAUGAAUGUGCUAGCAUUAACAGAAUCUAUGGUUUCUAUGAUGAAUGCAAAAGGAGGUAUAACAUUAAGCUCUGGAAGACCUUCACAGAUUGCUUUAACUGCUUACCUAUAGCAGCCAUCAUUGAUGAGAAGAUAUUCUGUUGUCAUGGUGGCUUGUCACCAGACCUACAGGCAAUGGAACAAAUACGACGCAUCAUGCGACCAACAGAUGUCCCAGAUCAGGGCCUUCUGUGUGAUCUACUUUGGUCAGAUCCUGAUAAAGAGACAAGUGGCUGGGGAGAAAAUGACCGGGGAGUGUCUUUCACAUUUGGGCCUGAAAUAGUCUCAAAAUUCCUCAGUAGACAUGAUCUGGAUCUCAUUUGCCGAGCACAUCAAGUAGUUGAAGAUGGGUAUGAGUUCUUUGCGAAACGUCAGCUGGUGACACUCUUCUCGGCCCCGAACUACUGUGGAGAAUUCGACAAUGCGGGUGCCAUGAUGAGUGUUGAUGAAACAUUAAUGUGUUCCUUCCAGAUUCUAAAACCCGCUGACAAGAAGAAAUUUCCCUAUGGCGGCAUAAACUCUGGACGACCUGUUACUCCACCAAGAGGACAAGGCAAGAAUAAAGGGAAAAAAUAAACAGAAAGUAGCUUUUCACAUAGGGUCAUCUGUCCAGAUAUGAAAAUUAAAUAACCAAACCAUCAUAGGGAACUGUUUUAUGUUUUGAAUUACAAAUCACAUAAUCAUUUGAUCGAACUACAGAGCACGUACAUGUUCACUGUACCGAAAAGUAGUUACUCGAUACUUUCACGCACUUGUUGAGCAUUUGUUCACAGAAUUUGCUUUUUGCUUCUCAAAUCCACCAAGGAGUGUCGUAAACAAUAGACCUGUCAUGAUGUUUUUGGUGGUAACCUUUGUUUAGCAUUUCUGGUCAUUUUUGUUUUGCUAUUUCUGUAUCUUGACCUAUUGACAACCAAAAUAUGAGUGCAUAUGUGACCCAUCACAACAAAAUGAGUGUGAAGUUGCUUUCCACUAUUACCUUUUGUAAUGGUUAAAGUCAAAUAUCGAAGGGGAGGUAAAUUGUGGGGGUUUGUAAAGAGCAAUGUAAUUCCAAAUUUUUAGCAGUAUCAGUUAUUUUAAAAUGUAAUUUUCUUUCCAAUUAUGAGGAAAGCAUUAUUCAUGGCUGGUCAAAUAUGUUGAAAUAGUGUCAAAAACAAAGAAAGAAGCCACAGGAAUGAUGUCAACAUUGUCACCCUACUUUACCCCGUGGUGUUAUUGGGUAGUUUCUACAAAAUAUGGGCCUGAAAGGAACAACACUGAAUUUAUAAUGUCUGGUGAAAUUAGGGGAGUCAUGACUAACAUCUGAACACAGUGGCAUCCUUCGUCUUUAUCAGAGUUGGAUAACUAAAGUCUUAAAUGUCAGCAUUUUUGACGAACAUGAACAACCUAUAAAUAUUUGCCACCUAAAUAUCAUUUGGAAGUAGUAGCUGUUUAUUUAUUUUUUCUCUUUUUCUCUACAUUCACAUGAUUUAUUAUUGAAUUCAGAAUAUUUAAUUUUCACCAUAGGUUUUUGUACACGUUUUUCAAGAGCCAGAUUUGGGCAUUCUUCUUUUUCUGACUGACUUCAUACUAAUGCUUACUCAUAGCCCACCAGUUAGAGAAGGUCCUAGAGUGAAAUCAUAAUGAUGGCACCUGGGGUCAUGUGACAUCAAUUUAAAGUUUCAGUUUUUCUUCACAGGUUUUGUUCACAUUUAUCUACUAUGCAUUGCUACCAAUCUUAAUGACAGAGGGGCUCUCAAUUUGGGCAGAGGAUUACUAUGAGAACAAAAGAGAAUUUUCUCCCCCUUUGAUCGAUUACAAAUAUACCCAAGAUUCAAAAUAUUAAGUAAUAUUUUGGGAAGAUCCUUAGUGUCAGACGCAAAUCACAUGGCAAGAGUUUAAGGGUGCAGGGUUUUUCUGCAUAGGUUUUAUGCACGUUUUUACAGUCACAGACUCAAGCACUCAUUCAUCAAACUGAUUUCAUAUGAAGCGCAUAUUUAGUCCAUUAGCCCGAGAGGGUGUCCUAAAAAAAUCGUCACUGUGGCGUCAUCAGGGGUCACGUGACAUGAGGUUAAAGUUGCAGUGCUCUCCAUGGGCUUUGUACAUGUUUUAUUUCUCUCCGUUAUCGUUCUCAACUUGGCCAAGGAUUACUAUGAGAAUUAAAGAGAGAGGAAAUUUUCCUCUUAGUUAGAAUG